CCAGACAGCCAAGUGCCUGAAACUUCCUCGUCUCCAGUUUUGGCGCCUGCGACCCCACCGCCCCAAUCCCAAGACCCCUGUCCCUAUCUUGCACCGGAGACGGUGGCUCUCAUCAACUCUGCAGUCGCCCGACACUGUGAUGCCUUCGGCAUCAUUCAAGAGAUCUUCUACCAGUUCGUGCCGAGUGCUCCGGUCGGGUUCUGUGACUCAGUCCAGGUGUCCAUCUGCCUGGAUGGGAUGCCUGCUCUCCUGGACGACUCCAUUUCCCAGACGAUGCCUGAAUCCGUCUCGAGAAUGAAGCUGGUGCCGGCAAUCUUGUCAGGGCCCGAGUCCAGGAAUCGCAGGGAGGCGGUAGAGAUGAGCGAUCGCGAGACCGCCGUGUGGCCGGGACUCGGUCUACAACCUGACCACUCGCUUCCAAAGGGUCUGUUCGACACGCAGGAGAAGUGCCGACUUGCCUGCCUAUCAUCAGUUGCCACGCCAAGUGCUCCCACUGUCCUAGCAACUCAAGAGCCGUAUCUUCUCGAAAGCCAGAGCAAACCAGCGGCACUGCAAAGCAAUCUCAGGAGGCGGAGAAAAAGGGCAUCUGACCCCGACCGCUCAAGGCAGAAUACAGCCUGGAUUCUGGGGAGACUAGAUUCUCCUAGUAGUGCCUCACUUCUACAAACUGGUAAGAUAUGCCUUAGAGACCGUAUUUAA